GGAGAGUGAGAGCGUGAGCGCGCGCAAGCUAGCGAGCAAACCAGAGACAGACGAGAGAAGGAUCAGGAGAGAGAUCCAGAGAAAGAGAAGAGGAAGCCGAGCUCUGUGGGGGCUCAACCUCCAACUUGUUUCAGUUCAUUCAUCCUUCUCUGCUCUCCGCUUCGAGGAAGUGACUGUGGCGCUUGGGAUCUCACAGGUGUCUGCAAGUUGGUGCCUAAGAAGAUGAUAAUCACACAAAUGAGUCACUUCUGCAUGAUCAGCCUUGGUCUUCUCUUCCUGAUUAAUAUUCUCCCUGGAACAACUGGCCAAGGGGAAUCAAGACGACAAGAACCUGGGGACUUUGUGAAGCAGGAUAUUGGCGGACUCUCUCCUAAGCAUGCCCCAGAUAUUCCUGACGACAGCACCGACAACAUCACUAUCUUCACCAGAAUCUUGGAUCGUCUUCUGGAUGGCUAUGACAACCGGCUGCGACCUGGACUUGGAGAUGCAGUGACUGAAGUGAAGACUGACAUCUAUGUGACCAGUUUUGGCCCUGUGUCAGACACUGACAUGGAGUACACCAUUGAUGUAUUUUUUCGACAGACAUGGCAUGAUGAAAGACUGAAAUUUGAUGGACCCAUGAAGAUCCUUCCACUGAACAAUCUCCUGGCUAGUAAGAUCUGGACCCCUGACACCUUCUUCCACAAUGGCAAGAAAUCGGUGGCCCAUAACAUGACCACACCUAACAAGCUACUCAGGCUGGUGGACAAUGGAACCCUCCUCUACACGAUGAGGUUAACAAUUCAUGCUGAGUGCCCCAUGCAUUUGGAAGAUUUUCCUAUGGAUGUGCAUGCCUGCCCACUGAAGUUUGGAAGCUAUGCCUACACAACAGCUGAAGUAGUUUAUUCUUGGACUCUUGGAAAGAACAAAUCCGUGGAAGUGGCACAGGAUGGCUCUCGCCUGAAUCAGUAUGACCUGCUGGGCCAUGUUGUUGGGACAGAGAUAAUCCGGUCUAGUACAGGAGAAUAUGUCGUCAUGACAACCCACUUCCAUCUCGAGUGAAAAAUUGGCUACUUUGUAAUGCAGACCUACUUGCCAUGUAUCAUGACUGUCAUUCUGUCACAAGUGUCUUUCUGGCUCAACAGAGAGUCUGUCCCUGCCCGCACGGUCUUUGGUGUCACCACAGUUCUUACCAUGACCACCUUGAGUAUCAGUGCCAGAAACUCCUUACCUGAAGUGGCAUACGCGACGGCCAUGGAUUGGUUCAUAGGCAUCUGUUACACCUUUGUAUUUUCUGUGCUGAUCAGAUUUGCCACUGUCAAUUACAUCACCAAGCGGAGCUGGGCUUGGGAAGGCAAGAAGGUGCCAGAGACCCUGGAGAGAAAGAAGAAAACACCAGCAGCCCCAACAAAGAAAACCACCACCACCUUCAACAUCGUGGGGACCACCUACCCCAUCAACCUGGCCAAGGACACUGAGUUCCCCACCAUCUCCAAAGGCGCUGCUCCCAGUGCCUCCUCCACCCCAACAAUCAUUGCUUCGCCCAAGACCACCUACGUGCAGGACAUCCCGACUGAGACCAAGACCUACAACAGUGUCAGCAAGGUUGACAAAAUUUCUCGCAUCAUCUUUCCUGUGCUCUUUGCCAUUUUCAAUCUGGUCUAUUGGGCUACAUAUGUCAACCGGGAGUCAGCUAUCAAGGGCAUGAUCCGCAAACAGUAGAUAGUGGCGGCUCAGCAACCAGAGCACUGUCUACCCUAGGAAGCAUCCAGGCACCCAAACCCUGGGGCUCCCCUUCGUGUGUUUCAGGAUCUUUCAUUUAACCCUCUACCAAGCCAUGACUCUCAAAUCAUAUUUAUGAAUCUCAAUGAAAAAAAAAACAAAAAAAAUUGCCCCUCUAACAUUGCUGAGUGUACCCUCAGAGCCAAACACUGCCAUUUGUCCAAAUGCUCAUCUUAGUCUGCCAGUCUCCCCAAGCUGAGGGCACUACAUGUAUCUUACUGCACUCUGCCCUCUGCAGAAAGAACAGGAGACUCUACUACCUAUAGUGGGAGCCUUGGCUGUUUGAGAGGUCCACACCAAGGACAAUUGUGGACUGAUGCAGAUCAGAUGAUUCUGACUCACUAGGGAGCUAGGCUGGGCUAUUGCAUAUGGGAAAGUCACCUCCCUGCCAAGACAAUUAGUCAAAUACUGGAUGGGGCAAGAAAGUUGGGCUUGGUGGUAGUUGAGGCUUGAAGUCUGGCUCAGAAGAGAGGGCUGCUGGCAGGCAAAAGUCAGAUUCUAUCCUCCAUACCCGCCACACCCCAAAGCCUAGCCCAGGCCCAAGAACUUUGCUCCCAUUGUGUCAGGGACCUCUGGUCCUCUGUUGAUGCUGAUUCUGAGAGGGGUGAAUCAGAAUAGAGUUGAUUGAGUCAACUAAAACAUUAUCUUUAUUACCAGUUUGAUAAUAUAUUAUUUAUAGGCCAUUUGAUCUCAUUUGUUCAUAACGCGAGUAAAAAGGACAUUUAUAAUUAUAAUAUUUUCUGAGGAAGAUUAGCCCUAAGCUGACAUCUGUGCCAAUCUUCCUCCACUUAAUAUGUGGGUCACUGCCACAGCAUGGCUCAUGAGUGGUGUAGAUCUGCGCUCAGGAUCCAUACCCACAAACCUGGACCGCUGAAGCAGAGUGCACCAAACUCAACCACUAUGCCACAGGGCUGGCCCCUAAAUUAUAAAAUUUUUAUAAGGUAGCUAAGCUAAGUCUCAGAUGUUUGAAUGACUUGCCUAGGCUCCUUACAAGUGUCUGUAGUAGAGAACUAUCUUGCACCCCCUUUCCAAGGCCAAAAUGAAGACAUGACUGAGAAGCCAGGUCCACCUUGACCUCAGAAUUGGCACAAUCUCAAUAGGCCUGCUGGGUCCUGAAAACAGUUUGGUUGGACACCUAAAAGAGUUUUAGAAAGUCACAAUAUGUCACCCAAGCAGACCACUUCUAAUAGUCACAGCUCAAGGGAAUGAGAUUGUUUAAGAUGGCAGCCCCAGCCCCUAGUCCAGAGUAUCCUAGAAGGCUAAA